UAGCAGGAAUCUGCACCUUUCCGUAAUAGUUUCGUUGCGGCACCUCGCCAUUUUAAUCAAUUUUUAAUUAGAAAAUUUUUAUAGUCUAUUAUAGAUAGUUCUUGGGAAACUAUCAUUUCCUUGUAAGUACAAUCUUCAGCGGAAUCAAACAGUCUUCUACGACAUGGGUGUACAUGUAAAUAGCCUUAGCCCUGGAGAUGGUCAAACUUUUCCGAAAACCGGACAAACCGUCGUUGUACAUUACACAGGUACUUUAGAAAAUGGAACAAAAUUCGAUUCCUCGCGUGAUAGAGGGGUGCCCUUUAAGUUUCGUAUCGGAAAAGGUGAAGUCAUUAAAGGCUGGGAUGAGGGUGUUGCGCAAUUAAGCGUGGGACAGAGAGCAACGUUAACCUGCUCGCCGGAUUACGCAUACGGAUCUCGUGGCCAUCCAGGAAUCAUCCCACCCAAUUCGACACUCAUUUUUGACGUUGAACUUAUACGAGUUGAAUAAAUUUGUUCAUAACUUAUGCAUUUGCGAGAACCAGUUUAAUUUACAUUAAUCUUACAUGUUUAGCAUUACUUAUUAUAGUUAAUCCCUUAAGACUGUUUUGCGAUCGAUUUGUAGCUUACAGCCUGUUGUUUGUUUAAGAUUGUAAGAAUGCUGUAAUUGAUUCUUUAUGUUGUUAGAACAAUACCUACGUAUUGCGAAUUGUAUGUAGAAUGUGUUCUUUAUACAUUUCAAAUAAUUGCCAGAUAAGUUACCUACCAUGUUAUAACAUUACUUAAA